UUAUUAACAGAAAACUUCAAAGACGUUGACGCCGCAUCGUAUAUUUUUUUCCCCUGUGGACUCUUUCGUACAUUCACACUUCUCUCUCUCUCUCUCUCUCACACGCUCGCACCCAGAGAGAGGGAGACGGUUGGUGAUGAAAGCUGAAACCGACUCUCUCUCUCUCUCUCUCUCUCUCUAUCUCUAUCUUUCACGUUGUUUAGAUCGUGGAGAGAGUGAAAAUUUGGCCGAGUUUCACUGUUCCAUCAAAACCCCGUUCCGUUCCGUUUUUCUCUGAAUUGUCUCUGAGCUUUCAAAUUAAGUCGUUGAAUAAAUAUAUGUAUAUUUUUUAGCAAGUUUGCUUAGGUCAGUGAAAACUGACAGUUUCUCUUUUUGAAGAAGAUCUAAUCGCUGCUACUCAUUUUCAAGAGAGCACGGAAUUUGAGGAAGAGAUAAUAAGUACAGAGACGAAGUUUCAGAGUUUUUGGAUCAGAGGCUGAAAACGACGACGUUUAUGGGGGACACACGCACAGAGGCUCCUGGGCCUGCAAUGCCGAGACAAUUGGAUUUGGAUUUGGAGUUGCUGUGUUUGGUAACGGUUUCGUGAAAAGGACAGAGAAAACAGACAGAGAGAGAGAAAGAGUCGGUGAGCAUUGUAAGAGUGAGGGAAAAUGGGAGCAAUAGGUGGGGAAGAGUUGAUGAAGUGGGAGAAGAUGCAAGGAUUGAGCGGUCGCGAGGAGAAGAUUCUUGUUUUGGUGAGGUUGAGGCCUUUGAGUGAGAAGGAGGUUGCGUCGAGUGAAGCCGCAGAUUGGGAAUGCAUCAAUGACACCACAAUCUUGUACCGGAACACGUUGCGUGAGGGAUCCACAUUUCCAAGUGCCUAUUCAUUUGACAGAGUAUUUCGGGGUGACUGCGCUACAAGGCAGGUGUAUGAGGAAGGAGCCAAAGAAAUUGCUCUUUCAGUUGUCAAUGGUAUCAACUCAAGCAUUUUUGCUUACGGGCAAACAAGCAGUGGAAAGACAUAUACCAUGGUUGGAAUAACAGAGUAUACUGUAGCAGACAUAUUUGACUAUGUACAUAGGCAUGAAGAAAGAGCAUUUGCUGUGAAGUUCUCUGCAAUUGAGAUAUACAAUGAAGCUGUCAGAGACCUUCUUAGCACAGAUCAUACACCUCUUAGGCUGCUAGAUGAUCCUGAGCGAGGGACUGUUGUGGAGAAAGUCACAGAAGAAGUUUUGAGGGACUGGAACCAUCUAAAGGAGCUCCUGUCCAUUUGUGAAGCUCAAAGACAGAUUGGGGAAACCUUGCUGAAUGAGAGAAGUUCCAGAUCUCAUCAAAUUAUCAGAUUGACAAUUGAAAGUUCUGCUCGCGAGUUCUUAGGCAAAGGCAAUUCAACCACCCUUGCAGCAAGUGUGAAUUUUAUAGACUUGGCGGGUAGUGAGCGUGCAUCUCAAGCAUUAUCGGCUGGGGCAAGAUUAAAGGAAGGUUGCCACAUAAAUCGUAGUUUACUUACUCUGGGAACGGUUAUUCGCAAGCUAAGUAAGGGAAGACAUGGACACAUCAAUUACAGAGAUUCUAAGCUUACGCGCAUUCUGCAGCCUUGCUUGGGUGGCAAUGCUAGAACUGCCAUCAUUUGCACUUUGAGUCCUGCACGAAGCCAUGUUGAGCAAACGAGAAACACUCUUUUGUUUGCUUGUUGUGCAAAAGAAGUAACAACAAAAGCCCAGGUCAAUGUCGUCAUGUCCGAUAAAGCCUUGGUUAAGCAUUUACAAAAAGAGCUGGCUAGAUUGGAGAGUGAGUUGAGAAGUCCUGCGCCUCCUACCUCUACUUCUGAUUAUUCAGCACUACUGAGAAAGAAAGAUCUUCAGAUUGAAAAGAUGGAGAAGGAGAUUAGAGAGCUAACUAAGCAAAGAGAUCUUGCUGAAUCUCGGAUUGAGGAUUUGUUACGCAUGGUUGGAAAUGAAAAAAAUUCAAGACAAGCCAGUAUCAGUGAUCAUCCUACAUCGCAAGCAGGAGAUAUGUGGGACGAUGAUUGUUCAGUAUCAGAGUCAGAGUCCCCAAGUGUGGCUGAUCCUAAUUAUUCAAAUGGUGGUGUCAGAAAGUUCAACAAUCCUCAUUAUUUUGAUGUAGAUAGCGUGAGCAAUUCUGAGGACCCCUACUGCCAAAUUGGGGAUAACACUGAAGACAAUUCUCUCUCUGAUGCUACCUCUUCACUGUCAAUUGGAAAGAAGUUUGUUAGGUCUAAUUUAAGUCAAAAUCAAGGGGAGACUUCAGAAGAUCCUGAUGACUACUGCAAGGAAGUUCGAUGCAUCGAGAUGGAAGAGUCAAGAAAUAGCAAGAAUCCUGAAUUCCGAGCCGUAAGACCUGGUGAAAACAAUCAAACACUGGCUUUGAGAUCAUCGAGGGAUGGAGAUGUAACUGGACAGGGAAUGAUGUUGACUCCUGUGAAUAGGAAUGGAGAAGUAAGCAAAAUCCCAAAUGGUCUUCCAUAUGGUGCUCUGGAGCAGAAAUUCCACAAUGUACAAAUCAGUAUUGAUUCUCUUAACAGUCCUAACCCUAGUGGAACAUCUCUGCAGGUCAUGGAAGCUGGUAUGAUGAGUUCUGGAAGCCUUAAGUUAACUAGGAGCUGGAGUUGUAGGGCAAAUUUCAUGGCUGGUUCGUCUUCUCCUGAGAAGACAGAACGAAUUGAGCGCACCCCACCUAAUGGGUUUGAGAAAGAUUUCCCUGGAAGACCAGAAGGUCUUCAAAGGAAGUUCCCUUUAUUAACUUAUGGUUCCAAUGCAGCGAGCUUGUCAAGAAAUAAUUCACAGUCCUCUAUUGGGAGUGCUUUCAUGGAUGACCUAAGAUCACAGAGCAUCAGAACUUCUGCAGAUGGGGAAAUUACUAGCAUCCAAACUUUUGUUACAGGACUAAAGGAAAUGGCCAAACUUGAUUACGAGAAGCAGCUUGUUGAUGGGCAGGUCCAGGAAACAGGACCAAAAGUUGAUAAGUUUGGAAAGGAUGUGAAAGAUGUAGGAGUUGAUCCAAAGCUCCUGGCACUGGAAACUCCCCAAGAUUGGCCUGUGGAAUUUGAGAAGCAGCAGAGAAUGAUACUUGAACUUUGGAAAACUUGCAAUGUAUCAUUAGUCCACAGAACCUACUUCUUCCUGCUCUUCAAAGGUGAUCCAACGGAUUCCAUUUACUUGGGGGUGGAACUAAGGAGACUAUCUUUCCUCAAGGAAACAUUUUCUCAUGGAAAUCAUAUUGUGGAACGUGGUCAGACUCUUACAAUGGCUUCAAGCAUGAAGGCUCUUCGUCGUGAGAGAGCAAUGCUGAGCAAGCUGAUGCAGAAAAGGUUUUCUGAAGAAGAGAGAAAGAGGCUUUUCCACAGGUGGGGUAUUGCAUUGAACUCAAAGCGCAGGAGGCUACAGCUGGCCAACCAACUGUGGAGUAACACAAAUGAUAUGAAUCACAUCAUAGAGAGUGCUGCCAUCGUUGCGAAGUUGAUCAGGUUUGUAGAGCAGGGGCGGGCCCUCAAAGAGAUGUUUGGACUUAGCUUCACACCUUCAAAUGCAAGGCGGAAAUCCUUUAGCUGGAAAAACAGCAAGGCAUCCCUUUUGUAAGCUUGUUUCAUGCCCAUAGAUAUACAACUGUAGAGUCGAUUUAUUGGAAUAGAUUGGCCUUAUAGUAGCAUUCUUUUCAUGAUUGAGAUUGAGACAGAUUGUCUAUGAUUGUAAUAUAAGUCUAAAAAUCUCAGUUUUCCUGCUUAGGUUAGAAAGCUACAUUGGGUUUUGGAAAUCUGGUUUUCUGGGUUUGUUGUAUCUUUCAUGAACAUAUUUUGUGCUUAUAAUCUAUUCGUGUCAAUUUCUACUA